CAAAGAAUUUCAAAUUUUGGAAAUCACGUUGUUAGUUUAUCGGGUUUUCCCAAGCGGCCAAUGACGAGAGGCCAUUUUUUUCUAUUAAAAUUUUCAGCUCUUGGAGAAUAUUUAUAAGCAAGAGAUGGUUGAAGAGGAAGAAAUGCACAGUUUGCUUCUAACUCUGGCUAUCGUCGCCACUAGUGAUCGGUCGCCGAUUGAGAUGGAGACAAGCGACCAGAAAAAAGAAAAAAGGCGGCUACAAAAUGUGGAAGCGGCGAAAAAAUCUUACGAGAGUAAGAAAAAAGAACGGUGCAGUCUUCAGGAGAAAAACGCCCAGCUAACCGAGCAACAGAAGCAGCUUCUGAUAGACAAGUCUCGCCUGUCCGACGAGUGCGCGAGACUUGAGUCUAUUUAUAACCAGAUGCAGCACGCGUGCAAACACCACCACCACACCAACAGCAGACGACAAGUUUACAUCUCACCUGUCCUCACCGACUUAACCUGCCCGCCCGGAAACGACGUCCGGAACGGAUAUUCCGUCAACGGAAAUCUUCACUACAAUGACAACACGGUGUUGGAUCUGUCGUCGAAAGGGAGUCACGUGACACAGGACCCUAUGGACCACGAGAACAACCACUACGCUGACCAGUACUGCAUCGACACGCUGGACCUCGGCGCCACGCAGGAGGUGGAGGUCACCGCUGGCUAUCAAAAGAAAACCAGGAAAGCGUCGAAAAAACCGAACUCCGACGCCAUCUUUGUGCCGGAGAACGUUGCCGGCAAAAAGCUCAAGUCCAGCCAUUUAAACCCCAGUAGCUGUGCUAGAUACUGUAAGACUUCGCAUCGGAACAAUCAGCCAUGCAACUAUACUGUUUCAUGAAGCGUCCCGUAGCUGAACCACUGGCUGCAGCUAUACAGCAAUUAUAUAGCUAUGUGACUGACCAGUUAUACAGAUAUUCGUCUUACGGUUAUAAAGCUAUGGCUACAGCUAUGCCAGAUAAAAAUGCCAGGGAUUGUGUUAUAGAAUGACUAAUUCUUUAUAGACGUGUCCAUACAGGAUUUGAAAAAAGAAAUUGAAGUAGGAGUUUACGGCAGCUUUUGUGGAUGUUAUUUUUUUUUUGUUUGGGAUAUUGUCAAUAUAACGGCCAUGACUAUAUUUUAACUUUACACUGAUAUACAAUUAGUACAUAUGUUAUCGCAUUUUUAUUAGAUUAUAGUCAUGUCUUAUCAGAAUAUUUUAUGUACAAACUACGUGUUGCUAUCUUUAUGUUUUACUUUGUUUCUCUGUCCAUCUCUGUGUCCAGUCUUCUCUCCAGCCCCCCCCCCCCCCUCUAUCCAU